AUGCUGGCGCGCUCGACGACCAAGCCGACGACUUCAUCGGCUCCUGCGGAGAGGCAGGGCAUCCCCCUGGUUCCAUUCCACACCUGCAGGCGCUGCUACGAGGUCAAGUGCGACCCGCGCAAGUUCACUGACGGCUAUGGCGCGGUGCUGGACCGCAGCACCGUGUGCUACAACGCCAACGCCAGCGUGGUCAUCCAGAUUGUGGAUGCCUGCCCGUGCAGCUACCCAGGGAACUACUAUUCCAACAAGCGCUGGUGCUGCGGAGACGUGGACCACAUUGACAUGUCCGUCUGGGCCUUUGAAAAGCUGGCAGACCUGAAGUGGGGCGUCAUCGCGCUGAAGUACCGGCCAGUGCCCUGCAACUAUGUGCCCGCCAAGCCGGCGCCCAAGCCGGCAAAGGUCACGCCCGGCAUCCCGCCCCCGCGAGGAGCCCAGCACCCCUGA